AUGGGUGGCGCUCUGCUGAUGGUUAUAGUGUCCAUGUGCAUGUUCCUUUUUGGUCUUGUCACUGUAUGUCAGGGUCUUGUCACAAACUGGGCUGGUUUAAUGACCACCCGUUGGUUCCUAGGAAUGUUCGAGACAGGCAUGUUUCCUGGAUGUUUCUAUUUGCUAGGAAUGUGGUAUAAACGCAGCGAGGCUCAGAAGCGUUUCAGUUUCUUCUUCAGCUCUACCACACUGGCCGGUGCUUUUGGCGGUUUGCUUGCCAGUGGACUUGGAAAGAUGCAUGGACUUGCCAAUCUUGCAGGAUGGCGUUGGGUUUUCAUCAUUGAAGGAAUUCUCACUUGCGUUGUCGCAAUUGCUCUGUUCUUCCUCCUCCCUGAUUUCCCCGAGGAGGCGAAGUGGCUCACUGAGGAGGAGCGCACGUACAUGCGAGCCAAGCUAGCUCAAGACUCGGGACACGCUGGAACGGAUGCUGACAUGGGUUGGCGCGAUGUUCUGGAAGUCUUCAAGGACUAUAAGAUUUUCAUUGGCGGCCUGAUGUACUUUGGACAGAUCGUGACAGCCUAUGGAUAUGCUUACUUUGCGCCGACUAUCAUCCAGUCUUAUGGAUAUGGACGUUAG